AUGGCCUCAUUCGCGAUCGAGGUUCCUGGUGAGGCGAAUCCUUUGACCGAGAGCAGCAUCGUCCGCACGCUGCAAUCCGCUUCGUCUUCCAAUCAGAACCAAAUACAGUCCGGAACGAAGCAACUCCAACAAUGGGAAAAGUCGCAAAAGUACUACUGUCACCUACAAAGCGCAUAUCUUGAUCCGAGACUGCCCGCCGAGGUCCGAUAUUUGGCCAUCAUCCAAUUGAAGAACGGCAUCGACAAGUACUGGCGGAAGACUGCAACAAACGCUGUGUCGAAAGAUGACAAAAACGUCAUUCGAUCCCGCUUGGCGGAAGGAGUGCUGAACGAACAUGACCAACGUCUGGCCCUCCAAAAUGCUCUGGUUAUCGCUAAGAUCGCACGCUACGAGUAUCCUCAGGAGUGGCCAGAUGCGCUCUCAGGCUUCGUUGGGAUUAUAAGAUCACCGAACACGCAGCCUUUGCAGCUCAGUCGUGCGCUGCUCACCUUGCUUCACAUCACGAAAGAACUCUCGACCGCCAGACUACAGCAGAGCCGUCGAUAUCUCCAAGCAGCCACACCUGAGAUCGUUGCGGUGGUUGGAGAACGCUAUGCUGCAAUCGUGGAGAGGUGGCGGAAUGGACCCAAUCACGAUGAUAUGACCCAAAGUCUCCUUGCCAUCAAAUUACUUCGACGGCUGCUCAUAUCUGGAUACGAGAACCCCAAUCGAGACAGCACUGUGGCUUCUUUUUGGACGCUGUCGUUGGAACAUCUUGGCUCGUUCAUCCCACUUCUCGCCGAUACGACGCUGCAGAGCUCCCAGGACAUGCACCAGCUUUUGGGCAAGCACAUUGUUCAGCUCGCAAAAUUGCAUCACGAAAUGUCAAAAACACAUCCUGCAGCACUGGUCCUCCUUCCGGGCUCCCUUGAGCUAAUCUCGUCUUACUGGAGCUUUGUCAAGGACUUUGCAAGUUUAUUUGGUUCGAAGGAAGCCGCUUUGGCCGCGAUUGCCAAUCCUGACGGACAGCACUCUCUGGAGGAGGAGAAGACAUUCCAGGAGAAGAUUGCCCUCAAAGGUCUACUCAUCGUACGAGCAUGUGUCAAGAUGGUUCACAAUCCCACACAGACAUUCAAAUACCGCACUGCGGAAGACAAAGAAGAGAAAGCUCGAGCGACUGAAAUCAUUCGACAGACCAUGCUCACUGACGACUUUGUCCGCGAAGCAAUGGAUGUGCUUGUUACCAGGUUUUUCAUUUUCCGAGCUCGCGACCUACACGAAUGGCACGAGGAGCCCGAAGAGUGGGAAAAGCGCGAAGACGGUGAUGGCGAAGAUUGGGAGUUCUCCGUUCGAUCAUGCUCUGAGAAGCUCUUUCUCGACCUUGCAAUCAACUACAAAGAAGUCAUCACACAACCAUUGCUCGGCGUGUUCUACUCGGUUGCCAGCCCCGACAACGAGGACCUCAUCUUCAAGGACUCGGUAUAUACAGCCAUUGGAUUGGCCGCAUCGGUAAUUCACCAACAGCUUGACUUCGAUGCCUUCAUUCGGGACGUUCUUGUGGCUGAAGUGCAGAAAAGCACAAAAGGGUACUACAUCAUUCGACGCCGUGCCGCGAUCCUCCUCGGCCAGUGGAUCACUGUGAAGGUCGCACAGGAAAGCAGACCACUGGUGUAUCAGAUCUUCCAGCAUCUGCUGAAUGCUGAUGAUCCUCUCAACGACCAAGUGGUGAGGGUGUCUGCCGGCAGGCAAUUACUCAACAUCGCCAACGACUGGGAUUUUCAGGUCGAACAAUUCUUACCAUAUGCACAAACAAUCCUCACGCAGCUCAUGCAACUCAUCGAGCAAGUCGAGCUGACCGAGACGAAGAUGGCCCUACUCUCCACCAUAAGUGUAUUAGUGGAGCGGCUGGACUCAAAUAUCACUCCAUUCGCCGAGCGGAUCGUCGCACUCUUGCCGCCGCUCUGGGAACAAGCUGGUGACGAGCAUCUCAUGCAGCAGUCAAUCUUGACAAUACUUGCUCGUCUUGUCAACGCAAUGCGCGCGGAUUCUCUGCCAAUGCACUCGAUGGUGUUCCCCAUCAUCGAAGGCGCUGUUCAACCUGGAUCAGAGUCCUUCGUCUACCUCCUCGAGGAUGCCAUGGACUUGUGGGGCGCCAUCGUAGUGCAGACGCCUGUCGAAUCGGUCUCACCACAACUAAUCAACCUCGUACAGCACCUCUUCCCGAUUUAUGAGAUCGGCUCCGAGAGUCUGCGUAGGACGUUGGAGAUCACCGAAUCAUACCUCAUUCUCGCACCGCAAUACAUGCUCUCGGAACCUGUCCGGAGCAGACUAAUCGUUGCACUCGCAGAUCUGCUCGGAUCACUCAAGCCCGAUGCCAACGGCCUGGUAUGCAAUCUCGUCGAGAUGAUGCUGCGCAUUUCUCAGAAAUCCGACGUCGCCUCCACACUGCCACUCGGGGACUUCAAUGACGCCUCCGCAGCUCUUGUUGUCGACCUUGCCCGCACACCUGACUCUGCCGGUGACGUUGGCUUCAUGUCCAAACUCUUGCGCGCUCUCCGCGGCUCAUGGCAAGCUCACUGUAUUACCGGACCGCUCGCCAAAGACGCUCCCGUGGACGGCAUUGUUGAAACAGACUACUUCGCCAUCUUCGCCCGCGCCAUCCUCGGCUCUCUCGACGCAUUCCUGUACGUAUGCAGAGAAUCGUCAAAUGGAGAGGACCUCGGCGCAACAAUGAAGUGGCUGCUUGAAGAAUGGUUCUCUCACUUCGAAAACAUUGGCGAUCCGUCGCGGCGGAAAUUGAUGUGCAUGGCCUUGACCAAACUUCUCGAAACGAAUCAGCCUUUCAUCCUCCUCAGCUUGCAGUCGCUGAUGUCGAUGUGGACGGACGUCAUCAGCGAGCUCCGCGAAGACGCAGCGGACGUCACGGGCGACUCGCUGGUGUACACGAGCAACGGCGCAGGGGAAGCGGCUGAGUCGCCGGAAGAUGCCAGGAGGCGAGUGUUGACGGAGGUGGAUGUCGUGCACUCGGUCAAUCUGCCGGAGUUCAUUAAGCAUUACUUGCAGGGUGCAAUUGCCGCGAGUGGUGGGCAUGAGCAGUUCCAGGCGGGAUGGUUGGUCAACGUCGAUAAGGAGGUUGUGAAGGGCUUUUCGGAGCUGGGGAUUAUUUGA